UCAUUUUUGUCGUUAGGCCCGUUUCACACUAGCGCGUAUGAAACGCGCGUUUUCUUACGCGUCGUUUAUAGAUACGUUGUUACUAUGUAGCAUUUCACAGCACCGCGUAUGAUACGCGCGCGGAUUUCAAGUCGCGCGUUUUUCAUAAUCCGUACGCGAGGCUCAUCGGUCCCGCGUAUGAUACGCGCGCUGACCAAACAUUGAUAUGAAUGAACAUGUUCACACUGACGCGUACAACGUACGCGUCUUGUAUUUUUUCGUCAUUUUGUCAUGACUUCUAUCCCUAGCAAGUUCUCGAAAAAUGACUCUCAUUAUAGACACUGAAAUUUUAAUAAAUGAAGUUCAAUUAAGGCUAAAUUUAUGGAAUUCGAGGGAUGAAAGAUAUAAGGACAGGGAUAUUAGAGCAGCAACCUUUAGAGAAGUAGCACAAUGUGUUGUAGCGGGGUUCGAUGCUAUGAACAGCAACGAUCAAAAAGAUGCAAUGGACAAAGUACAGCAAAGGUGGAAAAGUGCCAGGGACGCAAAAAUGCGGUCAAUUGCAAACAAAAGAAAACUAAAAUCUGGGAGUGGAGCGAAAAAGCAAAAGGAAUACGUGUAUGAUCGUCAAUUACAGUUUCUAGAAUCGCAAGCUGAACUAAAUGUCACUGAAUCAAACAUGGAUAACUCAUCUUCUGAUCACGAUAUCAGUACAUCAGUGUUCGAAGAUCAGACAAUAGAAGUUGAGCAGGCAGCAGAAGAAGUUCCCUGGAAAAGAAAAAAAGACAAUAAAGGAAUUAAACAGGGAAAAAGAACAUGGAAUGAUACUGAUUUCGAAGAAAAGUUUUUAUCAGUACUCGAGCAGAGUUCGAAAGAAGAUGAAGAUCGUUCUUUUAUGGAAUCUCUAUUGCCAACGUUGCGGUUAUUUAAUAAUGACCAAAAACUAUUAUUUAGAAGUCAAGUCUUAAGCCUUAUGAUGACAAUAAAAAAUACAAGUAAUGUAAGAGCUCCAUACAAAGAACCUUACGACUUUUUUUCUCAACAAUAUCCAGUUAACUAUGGUCCAUGGAAUCAUAACACGUCAUCUAUUCUCACUACGUCUUCUUCUACUCCUCCUGAAGUAAAUAGCUAUCAAAGUUACCAGUCGUUAGGAACUCCAGCAGAAGGAGGCCAAUAGCCACCUCAAUCAAGCCACCAAUCAACAAAUGAAAUAAAUUAAACACAAUUGUGUUUAAAAAAAUUAUUGUUUUUAUUUAUCAAAUUUUUUAUUUGAUUUUUAACUUAUAAGUUAAAUGCUGAAUAAAUAAAACAGGGCAUUAAUCAGUGAAAAGUUAUUUUCGUUAUUCUUGUUAUUUUUUAUAAUUUUUAUUUUUUUAGUUAUUUUGUUCGUUUCCAGUGUUAAACAUAUGAAAAAUGGAAGGUUCCCCAACAAUCAAUAGCAUAAAAAUAUAUAAAAUAUUACUUUUAAAAUUUUUUAUUUGUAUG